AUGUCUUCGCCAUCUCGAAUCAAUGAUUCCGAUUCUGAAUCCGUUUCUUCUAUUGACAGCUUCGAUCCGCCCCCUACUGUCGAGACAAAGACUAUCACAAGGGGAGAGGCACUCAGACAAGCCGGAAACCUUUUUUAUCGAAAUCGGCAACCUGGGCUUGGACCGCGAACCUCUUCGAACCAAAAAUGGAAUUUGCACUAUGACCUUCAGAUGUUGAAUCAAAUCACCAAAUUCAUGGACGACGAUCUCGAAGAAUGGGAAUACACUGUCGAAACACCCAAUCGACGAAAGGACAUGCCAUGGUGCGGUAUCGGGGCCGACAUCCUUCGUUUCUAUGUAGCCGAUCUCAAGCCCCUUCGGAAGGGACUUCCAGAAGACAAACGUCGAACCAUCGUCAACAAUGUGCGACACGGUCUUUCUCUCUUUGCAGAUUUCCAUGAUGAAAGGGUCAACGCGGUUGAAAGAGAGGCGCAGGCGGCCAUUGCUGGAUUUGUUCUCCGGGAAGAGGCGGUCUCUGGCUAG